GCACAGUCCGGGGCAUAUAUGAUCCAGGCGAACGAUGAAAGCAACAAAUUUCUGGCUCGCUGUCAGCAGGAUAUGAUCGGUAUAGGCAUCUGGUUGGUGAUACAGCGCCGAUUCGACGGAUCGCUGGACUUUUAUCGCAACUGGACCGAGUAUCGGGAUGGUUUUGGUGACAUUGAGGAUGAGUUCUGGAUCGGACUGGAACGAAUACAUCAGCUGACAUCGGGGCGACCCCAUGAACUGAUGGUUGAGCUGAGAGACUUUAAGGGGAAUUAUAAAUUUGCACUCUUCGAUGCAUUCGAGAUCGGCAGUGAAGCCGAACAAUACAAUCUGAAAACCCUUGGAGCGUACCGCGGAACUGCAGGCGAUUCCUUGUCAUAUAACAAGAAUAUGAAAUUCUCAACGUACGAUCGUGAUAAUGACGAUUAUGGUCCCCUAAAUUGUGUUGCAUUUCAUGAAGGUGCCUGGUGGUACAACGUCUGCUCGAACUCCAAUUUGAACGGGCCAUACAAGAACAUAGUAGAUCAUAGAUCGAUGUUCUGGUACUACUUCAGCGGUUCCAAUGAAGGACUGAGCUUUUCAAGAAUGAUGAUCCGACCAAAAUAA